GCAACUUUCAUUGAUGCAUUUAUCACGAAGUUAUGGUUCUUUCUCCCACAAAACUUUCUCUGGUAGGAUCUUUUUACGUUCAACAUCUCAUCAAAGCUCGAAAAGUUUCAAAAUGGGUUCCUAACUCGAUCAGAAAAUUCCUCAAACUAGACAGCCUACAAGCUCGACAAAUCGGCGAUCCUACCCUUCGACAACAGGCAGAGAACGUGGACAUCACAACUAUUCGUUCUCCCGAGUUCAAGCAGAUGAUAGAGCGAAUGUUCAAAGUUAUGAGAAAAGCUAACGUUUCUUCUAUCUCUGCACCACAGAUUGGAGUAAGACUUCGAGUGAUUGCUCUUGAGAAAACCGCUAAGCAAAUCAAAGAGUUAAAGGAAGCAGAAGUAACCGAUCAAGACAUCAAAACUUUUGGAAUUGUGAAGAUUCCUCCCACAGUUCUAAUCAACCCUAAGUACAAAAUAAUUGAUUCUACUUCAGUAACAUUACGCGAGAACUGUGUUAGCUUCAAAGGCUAUUCAGCUCUCGUUCCUCGAGCAAAAGAAAUCGAAGUUUCUGCACUUGAUAGAGAAGCUCGGCCGGUCAUGUGGAGGAUUAAUGGAUGGCCUGCGAGAUUGAUUCAACACGAGGUUGAUCACCUUAAUGGAAAGCUAUUUGUGGACUCCAUGCUUCCUGAAACAUUGAUGGAUGAUAACUGGAGAUCUUUUACAAGGAAAUAAUUAGGAGGAAGAGUGUUACUGUUAAUAAUGACGGCUGACUCUACUCCAUGGUAGCACUUUUGUUAGUCUUCGCUGUCAGUGUGUUUCACUCCCAAGAUCUAAAUAUCAAUUUUCCAUACUGUCACGCUAUACAUAUCUUACAAUUUUAGCUAUGAGAAUUUGGUGUUAAAUAAAAAAAA